GCCCACGCCGCUCCCGGCGCCCGCUCCCCCCUCACCAACCCGAGGACAACGCGCUCGCCGCCGCCGUCGCCUCUCGGCGCUCCCAUGAUCGCCCAGUGCCUUUCGGCUGUGCGAGGCCUCCACAGAGUUGGUGGUUCCAGGAUUUUAUUGAGAAUGACUUUAGGAAGAGAAGUGAUGUCUCCUCUUCAGGCAAUGUCUUCCUACACUGCAGCUGGUAGAAAUGUUUUAAGGUGGGAUCUUUCACCAGAGCAAAUCAAAACAAGAACUGAGGAGCUCAUUGCACAGACCAAACAGGUGUAUGAUUCUAUUGGCAUGCUGGACGUUGAGGAAGUAACUUACGAGAACUGUUUGCAAGCCCUAGCAGAUGUGGAAGUGAAGUAUAUAGUGGAGCGAACCAUGCUAGACUUUCCCCAGCACGUCUCCUCUGACAAAGAAGUACGAGCAGCAAGUACAGAAGCGGACAAAAAACUCUCUCGCUUUGAUAUCGAGAUGAGCAUGAGAGAAGAUAUCUUUCUGAGAAUUGUUCAUUUAAAGGAGACCUGUGAUCUGGGGAAGAUAAAGCCUGAAGCCCGACGAUACUUGGAAAAAUCAGUUAAAAUGGGAAGAAGGAAUGGGCUCCAUCUUCCAGAACAAGUACAAAAUGAAAUCAAAGCAAUGAAGAAAAGAAUGAGUGAACUAUGCAUUGACUUUAACAAAAACCUCAAUGAGGAUGAUACCUUCCUUGUAUUUUCCAAGGCUGAACUUGGUGCUCUUCCUGAUGAUUUCAUUGACAGUUUAGAAAAGACACAUGAUGACAAGUAUAAAAUUACUUUAAAAUACCCACACUAUUUUCCUGUCAUGAAGAAAUGUUGUAUCCCUGAAACCAGAAGGAAGAUGGAAAUGGCUUUUAAUACAAGAUGCAAAGAGGAGAACACCAUAAUCCUGCAGCAGCUACUUCCACUGCGAGCCAAAGUAGCCGAACUGCUGGGCUACAGCACGCAUGCUGACUUUGUUCUUGAAAUGAACACCGCGAAGAGUACAAGCCAUGUAACCUCCUUUCUAGAUGAUUUAAGCCAGAAAUUAAAACCCUUGGGUGAGGCAGAACGAGAGUUCAUUUUAAAUUUGAAGAAAAAGGAAUGUGAAGAGAGAGGUUUUGAAUACGAUGGGAGAAUCAAUGCCUGGGAUCUCCAUUACUACAUGACUCUGACAGAAGAACUCAAGUACUCUGUAGACCAAGAGAUCCUCAAGGAAUACUUCCCAAUUGAAGUGGUCACUGAAGGCUUACUGAACAUCUACCAGGAGCUGUUGGGACUUUCAUUUGAGCAGGUGACAGAUGCUCAUGUUUGGAAUCAAAGUGUUACACUCUACACUGUGAAGGAUAAAGCUUCAGGAGAAGUAUUAGGACAGUUCUACUUGGACCUCUAUCCAAGGGAAGGGAAAUACAACCACGCAGCCUGCUUUGGUCUCCAGCCCGGCUGCCUCCUGCCUGAUGGGAGCCGCAUGAUGUCCGUGGCUGCCCUUGUGGUGAACUUCUCGCAGCCACUGGCAGGUCGGCCCUCUCUCCUGAGGCAUGAUGAGGUGAGGACUUACUUCCAUGAAUUUGGGCAUGUCAUGCAUCAGAUCUGUGCACAGACGGAUUUUGCAAGAUUUAGUGGAACAAAUGUGGAAACUGACUUUGUAGAGGUGCCAUCACAAAUGCUUGAAAAUUGGGUGUGGGACAUCGAUUCCCUCCGAAGACUGUCAAAACAUUAUAAAGAUGGAAGCCCUAUUACGGAUGAUCUUCUUGAAAAACUUGUUGCUUCUAGACUGGUCAACACAGGUCUCCUGACCUUACGCCAGAUUGUUUUGAGCAAAGUUGAUCAGUCUCUCCAUACCAACACAUCGCUGGAUGCUGCAAACGAAUAUGCCAAAUAUUGCACAGAAAUCUUAGGUGUUGCAGCUACUCCAGGCACAAAUAUGCCGGCUACUUUUGGUCACUUGGCAGGCGGAUAUGAUGGCCAAUAUUAUGGAUACCUUUGGAGUGAAGUAUUUUCCACGGACAUGUUUUACAGCUGCUUUAAGAAAGAAGGGAUAAUGAAUCCAGAGGUUGGAAUGAAAUACAGAAACCUAAUCCUGAAACCUGGGGGAUCUCUGGACGGCAUGGACAUGCUCCAGAAUUUCUUGAAACGUGAGCCAAACCAAAAAGCGUUCCUAAUGAGCAGAGGCCUGCAUGCCCCAUAAACGUGGGAUCUUUGGGAGCAGUCCAUGUCUGGAGGACAAGUCGACAUCACCAUGUGUUACUGGCCUGGAAACUGAAGGGAGUUUUGCAAAUGAAAAUGUAGGUUUCCAUUGACUUCCUUUUGCUUUUUGAUUUGAAAAAUUAUACAGAUGUAAAUGGAAUUAUAAAUACUGUGAGCUAAGAAAAGACCCAUUAGAAAAUAAUUGUAACUAUAAAAUUUCAUAAAAAUGGAUUUGAUUUCUUUUUAUAAAAGUUUCAUAUGAAGGUAAUUUGAUUUUUUUACUAUUGUAAUCUAGAUAAUAUAAUGUAAGAGGGCUAAGAAUUUUUUAAUUGAAUCAUGUACAUUAUAUAAUUUGAUCCUUCUUAUAUCUUGAAGUUUUGUACUUGGGAUUUCUGAACUGAUAAAUGAAUCAUCACUUUCCUCGAUAAAUAUUUUCUUGGAGCCCUGCAUCCACUUUGCCACUAUCUCCCAGUAAAGUGUGACCUCUUUGCCCACACACCUCAGGGCCAGGGGACUAUGUUUCAGUAAUGCAUUUAUCUUUGUAUUUCAGGCCUCACGAUCCCCAACUUUCUGCCACACUUAAAUGAUGUUCUUCCAAUUGGUUUUGUCUUUUCUGUCUGACUUCCAGUCAGACAGUACCAAAAAAUUAUGAGUUUUAGCUGAAACGGUCGAAUGGAUAUUGCAAGUUUUUACAUCUUGUAUUAGAGAAUUUUGCUUCUCGGAUUGGAGGUUCAUUUCCACUUCAGCAUACAAGAUUGUCAGUCUUUCCGCAUAUUUGCCAAUUAGAACACGAAAGCAAGUCCAAGGAUGUUUUUCUCUUCUCAUGUUUCUAAUAAGUGGUAGGGACUUCGCCUCCUCUGCUGCCCCCCUCACCCCGCGUGGCAGGUAGAUACGUCACAAGUGAAGAGAGCUGCAGCAGACCCUGGGCGUGAAGAAUGCGGAAAGCCCAGGAGAGGGGUGGGUUCUGCACAGACAUGUGGGAGGACAGCUGCUCCAAAGUGUCAGGCGUGCUCACACUCAGCCCUGGGGAGAGGCUCGGCCGCAGCCUACCUUGUCUGGUGAUUUUACGUGAACCUUCGGAGCUCUUUAACUGUUUACUGUGGGCCUAAACUCCAGUUCUGCAGCAGCCCAGGAAACUCGCUGUACUUAUUUUCUCUCUAGGAGUCUACUCAGUGAGGAAACCAAACUAGGAUAAUCAAAAAAAAAUUUUUUUUAAUUAAAAAACUAACUUUGAGCGUAUGCAUUCUGCAUAGGACUUCCAGUUGUUCCCCCGUGUGUACCUGAGGUUUGACUUUGCUGGCCAGGGACAAAAUGAGAACCUUUUCCCUCUCCAGGACAAAGUGGACUUUGUGCUAACUAAAAAAAAUAUCAUGCUGCGGAGCAGAAGUGUCAACAGCAGGAAAAACCAAGAGCUAUAGCGAUGCAGAAGAAAAUUCAAAGAUUAUUAUUGCCAAGCAAAUACCUUAUUAAACAUCACAGAAAAUCCCCCCACCCACCCAUCCCCAAGACAGUUGCCUGGCCCUCUCUCCCCCACACUCAUCAGCAUCACCACCUCGGGUCCCUAAAACUGUUUUUUUUUGGUCUUAGCAACUAAUGGUACUUUCCUCUUUUUUUUUUUCCCAGAAUGUUCUGUUUUCUAGUUUCAGACAAAAACUCUCUUCAGCUUUUUCUACUGCCCGGUGCAUCUCGUUAACAAUAACUUUCUCAUUUUAAAUCUUAACUUAUUUCACAUGGGAAAACUAAUACUUGAUGUGAAUAAGACUGCACACAAUAAAGUUACAUUACUGUCACAAGGAUGAAUUCACAUUUCUUUCAUACUUCAGUGUUAAAACUGAAAUGCAUAACAGAACAGAAGUGCUGUGGUGGUCUUUGUAUUUAGGAUCCACAUCCCAUAUUUAAAAUCUGCCAAAGAAGAGCAACAAUAUCAAGAGGUCAUCAAGAAAACAUUCCCUACCGUAAUUCAAAACUAAGGACCUAUUUUUUAAAGCCUUUUUGGAUGGGCCGUUCAUCUGCUUGUUCCUUUUUUCUAGAUCAGAGCAUAGAGUGUUGGUGGCUGUUCUGAAUGGUGUAAAUAACUGUAAAAAAAUUGUAAUUGACCAACCUACACUUUAGAUUUAUGAACUAAGAUGCAUAUAGUAAAGUCUCUCUUGGUUAUCGAUCCAGGAGAUUUGGGCCUGUUUCUGGUUUUCCAGCAGUUGUUAAUGUCACUGAGGGCAAGUUCUUAAACAUCUUAGGUGAAAAUGUAGUAGGCCUGAUUCCUAAAGGUUUAAUUUUAAGAUGCCACAGAGAAGAGAAAGAGAAGUCCUAAUGUGAUGCCGUCUAAUACAGAUUUUUUUUUCUCCUCUAGUAUAAGUGUUGCAUGUUACCUAGAUAGAGAACUAAAAAUUAUAUUGAAGAAUUAUCACCCAAGCUAUUUACAUCAAAAUGCUGCCUUUUUGAACUUCUGCGGUGACAGGUAGGUAUCUGCAGCUCUUUGGACUUGACAAACUGCUUUGUGUAAGAAACCAAAAUCAAGAAAAUAGCUCUUAAAAAAAAAAUGAUAGGAUUUUGUACUUGCACUUUGUAUUUACCUUAAUUAGUAGGGAAUGACUUAACUUUCUACUUUGCCGCUUUGCCUUUGGCCUUUGUGUAUGAAUGAGGGUGUACAGCGAUCCUGCCUGCUCCCCACCAGUGAGCCUGCUAGCAUUUUUCAUUUUUUUCCUUUUCUAUCAUGCACAAGAAGUAUUUUUCAUGCUUGGAGAAAAUUGCAUUAAAAUACUAAUCCCCCAAAUUGGGUUUAGGUAGAGUUAGCUGAGCCCCAAAGAGUGUUAAAAGAGAAACCUUAUCCCCUCUGACUAGAUGCAACGACCAAAGCUUUGUUCUUUCCCCAACACAGCACUGUUACACAGUUAUGUAUCUCUUCUGAAAUUGGAUAGCCCCUCGAAACUGAAUGUACCUUCUCUUAUGACUGUUUGGUGAGAAUAAAAGCAAAA